AUGACCAGAUUGGGGAAACAAGGAGCUGCUAAGCAUGGUGGAGGACAAUUAUCAUUACUGCUUCUGCUUUCAUUACCAUAUGAUAAACAGACACUGGAUUGUGCUGAUGGUGGUACAUCACCACUUGCACAAAAGUCUCAUGGUUCCACGAGUGUGCAUAUUGUUCCUUUGCUAGAGGGACAUGUCGAACAUAAUGUUGAUGAAGAAGAUGACAACUUCAUUAAUGAUAAUGAUAUCGAGGAAGAUUCCUAUAGUGAUGAUACUGACAAAGAUGAUACAUUCAUUAAGGACGAAUGUGACUCUGACUAA